AUGGCUCCAUCAAAACGAGUAUUUCUGUUCACGGCUGUUGCGGCAGCAUCUACCCUCCAUGGCCGUCAAGCUCUCAACCAGUCGACACCUCCGACCGUGACGCUCAAUGGCAGCACUAUCGAGAACCCUACGGCCUAUGCCACACCCUUCGUUCUCAACGUCGAGGACAUGUGGGACCUACUCGUUGGACCAGUAUCGACUGCACUUGUCACCACGACUGCGUCGGCCACACCAGUUCCAUCCAGCUCACUGAUCCCGCCGCCUCCUCUCUACUACAGCUCAUUCCCAUCCGGUCAGCAGAACCCAAUGGUAGUCAAGAACGAAUCCUGGUCCUUCCCGAGAGGCUUUAUGUGGGGCGUAGCCGGUGCUGCCUGGCAAGUCGAGGGAGCCGUCAAAGAUGAAGGUCGUGGCCCUAGCGUCUGGGAUGUGCUUAGCCAUCGCGUUACCAACUUCGAGUAUGAUAACGGGACUGCUGACAUUACGGACAAUCAUUACUACCUCUACAAGCAGGAUCUGGCUCGCCUAGCCGCGCUCGGUGUGAAGGCGUACUCUUUCUCCAUAUCGUGGUCCAGGAUUAUGCCGUUUGGUCGAGGCCCAGUCAACCAGAUUGCGAUCGAUCACUACAACGAUCUGAUCAACACUUGUCUGGGGUACAACAUCAUACCUCUCGCAACAUUGUACCAUUGGGAUACGCCGCUUGCGCUGCAAGAUACCUAUGGUGGCUGGCUCAGCGAGAACAUUGUCAACGAUUUCGUGGAGUAUGCUAGAAUUGCUUACGCUGCUUUUGGCGAUCGUGUUGAUUACUGGUUCACCGUCAACGAGCCAUCUGUCUUUUGCAAUCAGUACCCUCUCCCAGCACAGUACUUCAAGAACUUCACGAUCCCGUGGCAACAACAGCCUUACUACUGCGGUCACAACGUCCUGCUAGCACACAGCCAGGCUUAUCGUCUCGGCAAGUCUAUGAUGCCAAACAGCACUAUCGCGUGGAAGUCCAAUGGUGGAUACAAGGUGCCGUUGACGAAUUCCACCGAGGAUGCGGAGGCUGUGCAGCGUGCUUGGGACUUCAACGAAGGCCUGUGGAGUGACCCAAUCUACCUGACUGGCGACUACAAUGACAAUGUGAAAGCUUACAUCUCGAGUUUCUUGCCGGCUUUCACCGAUGGACAAAAAGCUGCCAUUCUCGGUUCAGCUGACAUCUAUGCCCACGAUGCCUAUACCUCACAAUUCAACUUUGCGCCUGAUGGUGGUAUUGCAGCAUGUCUGGCCAACACAAGCAAUCCACUGUAUCCAGUGUGUAGCAACAGCUCAUUCAUCUACACCCAGCAAGAUGGUGGCUGGUUGAUUGGCCCAGCUGCGGACCCUUUGACUCCUUGGCUAUACAAGGCUACCGACUGGGUACCUGCCUUCUUGCACUACAUCAAGGAUACUUGGGCAAAGGACAAGCCGAUUGCAGUCAGUGAAUUUGGCUUCGCUGAGCCCUUCGAGCGUCAGAAGACCUAUCUUCAGGAUAUCCUGUUCGAUCCUAUCCGGAGUGCCUACUACCACGACUACAUGGAAGCCAUCUUGAUUGCUCUCAGCGAGGGUGUAAAUGUCAUUGGAUGCCUAGCUUGGAGCUUCGUCGACAACUUUGAGUGGGCGAGUGCCUACGGAGUGAGGUUUGGUAUGCAAUAUGUGAACUUCAGUGAUCCCACCUUGCCCAGGUACUACAAGGCAAGCUUUUUCGAGUAUAAAAAUGCAUUUGAUGUAUACCAGGAGAAGUAG